UCCGGAAUAUUCACAAGUUAUUUUGUGUAGAAAUGUUAUGUUUCAAUGAUGAGUUUUAAAUUUUGUGCAUCAUAUUUAUUAUUUCUAUUUUUAUUGAAGUUAUCAGAAAGCUUUGGUAGCUUCUCUUUAUCUUGCGAUGAAAAAAUGGCAUCAGUUAUGUGUGAUAAAUUUCUUUCUGAUGGUGUGGAUUGUGCAAAGCUGAUGCCUAAUGACGAACAAAGAAUUUUCUUCGAAUGUGGUGUUGAAAAUGAAUUGGAUGCGUCAGGAGAAUGGAAUACUCUGUUAAAAGAUUUGUGCUCCAAAUCAAAUGUGAUGGAGGUUUCGAAGAAUUUGAUAACAUGCUGGAAUGAUAAAAUGAAUGCUACAGUUGAAGAACUCAAAGAGGAUGUUUACCCUUAUGAUCAUUUUAUGUGCAAAGCGAGUAUCUAUUCAGAAGCAGUCAAGCAACUGAGCUGUCCAUGUCAGAUAGAGAAAGGAUAUACAUGCGGUUUUCCCACAAAAUUUGGUUAGAUGGAAACAAACUAUUCCGACGAUGAUUACUGCGAACAUGUAGGAUUAUUCUGCAUAAAAAUUUUUAUUAUAAUAUAAAUAUGAUUAUGAAGAAUAAAUAUGUAUCAUAUUUUAAUCAAUAAAUUUUAUU